AUGAAACAGAAGAGUAACAGUUCACUAAGUUUACAGGACCCCAUUAGUUUGGAGAUUCUCUAUUCCAACUCCGAAGUUGCAAACCUACUAGCUCAUGAGUUCCAAAACAACUGUCAUUUGGGAGACAAAACCCCGCCUCUGUCGGACACCCGUAUCACAGAGGGACUAAAUCAUAUAGAGUUUAAACCCUCUGUAAUUAUGGAAAUAUUAAAGAAACUGAACCCGAAUAAGUCUCCAGGAAUCGAUGGUAUUCACCCAAGAGCACUCAAGGAGUGUGCUGAAGUUCUGUGUGCCCCACUAGCAAACCUCUUCAAAUGCUCGUUUCUGGAAGGCAGGUUACCCUCUGAACGGGUGGCUGUCGUCCCAAUUUAUAAAGGUGGAAACAAACUACUCGCCUCCAACUACAGACCAAUCUCCCUGAUCUCUUCAGUUGCGAAGGUCAUGGAGAGAGUCAUAAAUGACUCACUACGUGAUCACUUACUUCAGAAAUCAAUCCUAAACGACUGUCAGCAUGGCUUUCUACCAGGAAGGUCAUGUAACACCAACUUGUUGAUAGCUUGGAAUAGCUGGACACUCUCUGUCGAGAAGAAAAAGCCUAUACACAUUGGUUUACUUGACUUUUCUAAGGCCUUUGACAGGGUAAAUCAUGAUAAGAAAGAAGAAACUCCAGCUCAUGGGUGUACACGGAAAAUUAUUAAUCUG